AUGGCCCUGCCAGCGACACUGCUCUGUGCCCCAGCCCGGGCGGGCCGCGAGACUGCACCAGCACCGCGAGGUCGCCGCCUGGCGGUGGUCGAGAUGGCGGACACGUGCGGUAGCCGAGCAGAGAGGCUGCGUCGGUCAGCAUGCAGUUCCAGAGCAGACGGGAGAGGCCUCGAGGCGCGACGGCAGCUCGGCUACGCGUGCGAACGGAGAGGCUGCCGAAAGAGGCCUGAGUCGGCACGCCGGCACCGCGACGGGCUCAACCAGCCUGGCGCCCGCGACCUGCCAGCGAUGCUGAAACACUUGUCGCCGCCGACGCGGCCCAGCACGAGUCGCGCCAUGAGGACGUCCCGCGUCCCAGGACCUGCGGUGAGAGCCACCACACGAACCGCUGCUGCAGCGGAGUCCACGUCGCACGGGUCGAGGGGAAGGAUGAUGCCGCGCGAGUCAGCAAGUGCCGGCCAGCGACGUCGAGGCAGCUGCCAGCGACAUGCUGGGGAACGCUGCACCGCGCCAGCAGCGCCUCGUCGCACAGCGCCCCAGGACGACGACGCCGUACAUCGCCCGUCGCGUCGAGGCUGCUGGACGCCAUUCACCGUCACGGCCGAGCUCCUCGUAGCGGACCGCGCCCAGGGUCUCCAAGAUGCCUUCUCUACUGUAUCAUCUCUGCCCGCUUGUCUCAGGCUCCUCGCUGGCUCCAUCGCCAGCGCCACCCCGGACCUAGCUCUCUCAUUCACUCAUUGCUGCAACCCACUACGCAAUCCUCCGCCAGCCCUGUGUAAGCCAGUCUCCAAGCUUUGCUCUGGCGCCCCGGCUGCGUGAGGUCGUCUAAGGAGCACUACCUCGAACCCUCUGCCAUCUGCACGUCGUCCUACUGCUCCCCUGCGCAGGAACACGCAGUUUCGCGGGCGUCUGACUCUGGCUUAAACCAAAACGCACAAGGCU